AUCGUUACUAGUUACGACUACUGCCAACUCCAAGAAGAUCUGGGGAAAUGCAAGAAGAUCACGGCGCCUCAUAGAUCCAGAAGACAGGUGUACGUGAGCCUUCCAAGUGUAAGAUGGAGAAGAAAAGCAAGACAACAAAAGGGGAUCGGAUAAACUAAAUACCAAGCAGUGCCAGGUACAAUGGACUUCCAUCACAUCCAUGCUGAACCGCUCAAUCUGCAGUUUACAGGGAUGAGCUGUCCGCUAUCUUCGAUGAUCGUAUCCGUCAAUGAGAACGAGCUCUUUGUCGCCGACAAGAACGAUAAGCUACAUUCAGGUUCGGAGAUUUGUCCCCUGAGAUUAGAUAUAUAAAAGGGGGAAACUAAUUAAAGAAAUAUUAGCUAGCAAGCUUGCAUGCAUGGGAGGAGGGGAGCUAGGUACAUGCUUGCCUCCUCUCUAGCUCUAUAAAACCCCCGCCUCCUCCUCAGUUCUGCACCACAGCAAGCUCUAGCGCGCCACAACCAUAUCUGACCACAGCUAGCUAGCUCAUCAGUCAGUUCAUCAAGUGAACUUGUAGCCAUGAGGACCAUGAGCCAGGGCAAGCAGAAGGGGAAGGUGGGCAGAGCUCUCAAAGGGCAGAGAGGCAGGCUCUACAUCAUCCGACGGUGCAUCGUCAUGCUCCUCUGCUGGCACGACUGAACUCAGGCCGGCCGGCCGGCCAACGUUUUUCUUCAUGAAACCUGUCAAGGACCCGUGGAGAGGAUGCACUUACGUCUAGGCAACUGUUAGGAAUCAGGAGCUAGCAGAACUAGGAAGGCAAUCUCUUGUCGAUGCCAGGUUGCACCUUUGAACUAAUGCCCGGCAGGAAGGAUGAGACACACGACAUCAUUCGUUUCAUUACUUUUAGUUUUCCUUUUCUCUUUUUUCUCCGCACUUUUUACUCCAGAUAGCAAUGGGAUAUGGUGGGUCUACCAUUUUUUGUACAUGCUAUGAUUGUAGCUACUGGUCUACAUAGAAAUGGUUCAGUGAA